AUGGCUGGGGAUUCCCCAGAGACAUGGAUGCCGACUUGUGUUGCUUCAACAAUUCCUUCAGCUGGCGGAGACAAAGUUGCUGUAUCAAACCCUAGUCUCGAUGCAGCUCCAGAGAGCGAUGUUCAUGCUCAAAACUUCAAAAGUGCAGAAUGGACGCCAGACGGCACUACGCUUCUGACAGAUUCAGCUGAUCAUCACAUCCGGUCUUUUAUAUUGCCGCCAGAUCUUCUUGACUCACCUUCUGUUCACCAUCUCUCCCCAUAUUCAACUCUUCCUUCGGUAGAACCAACAUACGCUACUGCUGUGUACCCGUUCUUCAAUCUCCAGGACCCAUCGACCACUCUCUUCCUCUCUUCUGUGAGAGACCACCCUAUUCGACUGGCAUCUGCUCUUGCCCCAGUAUCCGUAGCAAGUUACUCACUGAUAAAUCCAACAACCGAAGCCUUUAUCACACCCCAUUCCAUCAUAUAUCCAGCUUCGCUCGGAGGAACACACUUCCUGACCGGCUCUGAUAGCCUGAUUUGUCUCUUCGAUGUUUCUCGCCCUGGAAAAGAUGGCCCUAUGUCAUGGUUACCAACCAUUCCAAGCAAGCGUAAACAGAUCGUCGGUGGCGGCAUUGGCAUGAGAGGCAUUGUAUCAGCCAUGGCUGUCAGUCCCACUGGUGACGGGAUAUUAGCUGCUGGUACGUUCACAAGACAAGUUGGCCUCUAUAGCUCCAAUGGCUCUGGGGAGCUCUUGGGGACUUUCAGCAUUGCCAAGACCGAGGCCAAUCGUGAAAUCGGAGGCAAGGGCAUCACACAGCUUUCUUGGAGCCCGUGUGGACGAUACUUGUAUAUCGCGGAGCGGAAAAGUGACGGCAUUCUCGUUUACGACAUCCGAGUCACUGGGCAGAUGCUCGGAUAUCUCCGAGGACGUAAGGCCAUUACCAACCAGCGGAUGGGAAUUGAUGUCGUUUCUGCUGGUGAAGAUGGUGCCCAUAGUGUUUGGGCAGGUGGGACGGAUGGGUUCAUGAGAGGAUGGAAGAAUCCCAUGUAUGCUGCAGGUGGACAAGAUCCUGAAUGGGAGUUCAAGAUGCAUGAUGAUACCAUCACCAGCGCGGUGUUUCACCCCAUGGGCGGUGUUGUUGCCACUUCUUGUGGUCAGCGAAAUUAUUCAAGUACAAUGGACGACCUCGACGCAGAUGAUGUCAAUCAGCAUAAAAAUGGAGAGAACAGUGUCAAAGUAUGGACCAUGCCAUGUUUGGAUUCUCGACCAGAAGAAAAUGGAGAGCUCGAGGUUAGACUCGAUUGA